AUGUUGCCAGGGCCGCUUCUGACGGCCACUUGCCUCCUUUCUGCAGUUCCAGUAAAUGCUGUAAAAGAGCUCCCCGGAGUGCAGAGGUAUGAAGUGGUUUAUCCCAGAAGACUUCAUCCACUUCAUAAAAGAGAGGUCAAGGAACCAGAUCAACAGGGAAAAUUUGAAACUGAGUUGAAGUAUGAAAUGACAGUAAAUGGAAAAAUUGCAGUGCUUUAUUUGAAAAAAAACAAGAAUCUCCUUGCACCGGGCUACACAGAAACACAUUAUAAUUCCACUGGAAAGGAAGUCACCACAAGCCCACAGAUCAUGGAUGACUGUUAUUACCAAGGACACAUCGUGAAUGAAAAAGUUUCUGAUGCUAGCAUCAGCACAUGUAGGGGUCUAAGGGGCUACUUUAGUCAGGGAGAUCAAAGCUACUUCAUUGAACCUUUAAGCCCCACAAAUCAGGAUGGACAAGAGCACGCACUCUUCAAGCAUGAUCCUGAUGAAAAGAAGGCUAACAGCACCUGUGGGAUGGAUGACAUAUUAUGGGCACAUGGAUCUCAGCAGAAUAUGGCCCCACCUGCCACCAGGCUGAAAUUGAAAGACCAGAAGGUUUGGGAACGUAAGAAAUAUAUAGAAUAUUAUUUGGUCCUGGAUAAUGGUGAGUUUAAAAAGUACAAUCAAGAUCCAGAGGAAAUAAGAAAGAGGGUGUUUGAGAUGGCCAAUUACGUCAACAUGCUUUAUAAAAAGCUCAAUACUCACGUGGCCUUAGUUGGAAUAGAAAUCUGGAAUGAUGAGGAUAAGAUAAAGAUAACCCCAAAUGCAAGCUCCACCUUGGAAAAUUUUUCUAAAUGGAGGGGGAAUGUCCUCCCAAGAAGAAAGCAUCAUGAUGUUGCUCAGUUAAUCACGGCAACAGAACUUUCUGGAACAACUGUGGGCCUUGCUUUCAUGUCUACAAUGUGUUCUCCAUAUCAUUCUGUUGGCAUUGUCCAGGACCACAGUGACAACGUGAUUAGAGUUGCAGGGACAAUGGCCCACGAGAUGGGCCAUAACUUUGGAAUGUUUCAUGACUCCUACGUUUGCAAGUGCCCUUCUACGGUAUGUGUGAUGGACAAAGCACUGAGUUUCUACAUCCCUACGGACUUCAGUUCCUGCAGCCGUGUCAGCUAUGACAAGUUCUUUGAGGACAAAUUAUCAAAGUGCCUCUUUAAUGCUCCACUGCCUACAGAUAUCAUCUCCACCCCGAUCUGUGGGAACCAAUUGGUGGAAAUGGGAGAGGACUGUGACUGUGGGACUCCCGAGGAAUGUACCAAUAUUUGCUGUGAUGCAAAAACAUGUAAAAUCAAAACAAGUUCUCAAUGCGCGUCAGGAGAAUGCUGUGAAAAAUGCCAGUUCAAAAAGGCUGGUGCAGUGUGCAGACCAGCAAAAGAUGAGUGUGACCUACCAGAAAUGUGUGACGGUAAAUCUGGUAUUUGCCCUGAUGACAGAUUCCGAGUCAAUGGCUUCCCUUGUCAAAAUGGGCAGGGCUACUGCUUGAUGGGCACGUGCCCCACACUGCAGGAGCAGUGCACCGAUCUGUGGGGACCAGAAACCAAGGUUGCAGAUAAGUUGUGUUACCACAGGAAUGAAGGUGGGUCCAAGUACGGGUACUGUCGCAGAGUGGACGACACACGCAUUCCCUGUAAAGCAAAUGAUGCCAUGUGCGGGAAGUUGUUCUGUCAAGGUGGGUCAGAUAAUUUGCCCUGGAAAGGACGUGUAGUAACUUUCCUGACAUGUAAAACAUUUGAUCCUGAAGACUUCAGUCAAGAAAUAGGCAUGGUAGCCAACGGAACUAAGUGUGGAAACAAGAAGGUUUGCAUUAAUGCAGAAUGUGUGGAUAUCGAAAAAGCCUACAAGGCCACCAAUUGCUCCUCGAAGUGCAAAGGACACGCUGUGUGUGAUCACGAGCUCCAGUGUCAGUGUAAAGAGGGAUGGGCCCCUCCUGAUUGCGAUGACUCCUCAGUUGUCUUCCACUUCUCCAUUGUGGUCGGGGUGCUGUUCCCUCUGGCUGUGAUAUUUGUGGUGGUUGCUGUAGUAAUCUGGCACCAAAGCCCCAGAGGAAAACAGAAGAAACUCCAGAGGCCACUGUCUACCUCUGGCACCAGGCCACGCAAACAGAAGAGGAAACCACAGAUGGAAAAGGCUGUUCAACACCAAGAGAUGAGUCAGAUGAAGCUUCAUGCACCCGAUCUGCCAGUCGAGGGCAAUGAGCCUCCAGCUUCUUUUCUAAUUACAAAACCGGAUUUUCCGCCACCACCGAUUCCUACUUUUGUAUCAUCUUCCUCUUUCCUUAUUGGAGCUGAAGAAGCCGUCAACCUGGAAGUGUCAAUGGACACAGACAAGAAAAAUCCCAACAAGUCUGUUCACUUUAGCCAAAGGACCAGGAACAAGACAGGCUAG